AUGUAUUUUAUUAAAUAUUUCCUUGUUUUUGCCUUGUUUGCAAUCCAACUUAGUGUUCAAAGGUCAACAUAUGCACCAUAUAUAACAUAUGAAGCAUACGAAGGAGAUUUUCCUUCAGACUAUGGAGAUAUAACAACAUUUAACAAACUAGGUAGUGAAGGAACUCGUGGGUCUGCAGGAGAAACAACAUUUGAGUAUGUAGUUGGUCCAGCACCAACAUCUGGCAGAUCAAGUAAAGGAAUAGAAACAAAAACUACUCAAAAUGUGCUAAGUGAUGCUUUAAAAAGUGAGGUAGCAGCUGCUGAAAAAGAAUUUCUUGAAAACGUUCUUGGAGGUUCUUAUAAAUAUGAAUCUGAUGAAAGCAGCGAAGAAAAGCCUACAAACAAAAAAAAAGGUAAAAGCAGAUUUGACUCAGACGAAAAUGAAACAUCUUCAAAGAAAAAAUCAUCUGGUGGCUUUGUCAAAAGCUUUAAAAAUAAAGUUGCUGGAAGUGUAAAAGAUGGCAUUAAAAAGAAAUUGGCUAGUAAAUUUGUUCAAAAGUCAAUUCCUGCAGAAGAUACAACAUUUGACGAAUUAAGUAGUGAAGAAACUCAAGAGUCUGCAGAAGUAAUAGCAUUUAACGAAUUAGGUGAUAAAAUACCUCAAGAACCGGCAAAAGUGAUAGCAGUUAACGAAAUAGGUAAUGAAAUACUUCAAGAUUCAGUUGAAGAACCAACUAAAAAACUUAAGAAAGAUUCUAAAGUUAAAAAAGUUUUGAAAACUGCUUCACAUUUCUUAAAAGGUGCUUUAAAAACUGGGGUAUCAGCUGCUGGACAUGGAUUACUUGGAAACAUUUUAGGAGGUUCUUCUAAAAAUAAAAAGAGUAAAAAUGGUAAUGGAUUAUUUAAAGGUUUAUUUGGUAGCAAAAAAGAUAAUUCUGAAUCUGAUGAAAGCAGCGAAGAAAAGUCUAAAAACAAGAAAAAAGGUGAAAACAAAUUUGACUCAGACGAAAAUGAAGCAUCUUCAAAGAAAAAAUUAUCUGGUAGCUUUGUCGUAAGUAAAUGA